UUAUGCAUCUGUCAUUGUUAUUUAUCUCUUUCGUAGCGAAGUGCUCGUGUUUGUCAGUUUCGAAUUUUUUAAUAUUUUCUAUAAAAUCUUGUUUUAAAUCUAUAAACGGUAACCAUAAAAGCUAAAGAUGGCAAUAAACAACCUACAAAUGUUGAACAGAUUUGUAAAAUUGACCUCACUUGUUGGUAAAAACUCUCUGAAUCCACUAGCCGGAGUGGUUUCCACUUCUCCUAAAAGCACCACGUUCAAUGUACGACGAUUCUAUUCAAAUGAAGAAGCUAUCCCCAAAAAGGAUGAAGAUUAUACUGAAAACGAGCGAAAACUUGUGGCUGAAAUUGAAGGAUUGAAAAAGGAGUCCGCUUCAUUACUGGAGAAGUCGAAAGAACUAGAUGACAAAUACAAACGUGCUCUCGCGGAUGGAGAAAAUCUUCGACGAAGACUGACGAAACAGAUUGAGGACGCUAAAUUGUUUGCUAUUCAAGGUUUCUGCAAAGAUCUUUUGGAAGUAGCUGAUAUACUGGGCCAUGCAACCGAGGCCGUCCCUAAAGAAGAGAUUUCCGAUAAAAAUCCCCAUCUGAAAAAUCUUUACGAAGGAUUGACUAUGACGAAAGCCCAGCUGGGUCAGGUUUUCAAGCGGCAUGGCUUGGAGCAAGUCAAUCCGUUGAACGAGAAGUUCAAUCCCAAUUUACAUGAAGCACUUUUCCAGCAGGAGGUCCAAAACGUCGAGCCCAAUACGGUCGUUGUGGUCAGUAAAAUUGGAUACAAAUUGCACGACCGCUGCAUACGACCGGCUUUAGUGGGAGUGUCUAAGGGAUAAAUUUAGCAGUAUCUUAUAGACAGUAUGCACCCUCAUAAAUUUAUUAUAUGAAACUGCGGUUAAUGUUUUCUUUUUGCUGGACGAAAGCUUGAACAAUAUUCCAUUGAUGAACGGUGCAAAUUUAGAGAAAGGGACCGUUAUCAAACGUAGUGUUAGAGAUGUGUUUCUCAAACGUGUAUAAUAGUUAUCAAUAAAACCAAACUGUAUCCAUUUUUCUUUUCUGAGCUAAUAAAAAGAAAUGCAUCUAGGUUUGU